CCUUUCUUUUCACCCUCGCAUCAACAUUCUUUUCAAAUUAAAAAGAAUGGGCCAACUUGCCAGUCCCUCCUCCCUCUCCAUCCUCUUCGUCCUUUUCGUCCUCAUUCACUCGGACGGGCUAAUGGGCGAAGCUCGUGACCCCUUUGCGUGUGACCCGAGGGACCCAAACACCCGGAACUUGCCAUUCUGUCAAGUCUCGAAGCCGAUCCCCAAGAGGGUGGGGGACCUCAUUGGACGGCUCACAUUGCAGGAGAAGGUCAAGCUGUUGGUGGACAAUGCCGCGGCCGUCCCGAGGCUCGGGAUUAAGGGGUACGAGUGGUGGUCGGAGGCCCUCCAUGGGGUCUCAAACGUGGGAUCUGGGACUCGGUUCGAGGGAGACUUCCCAGCUGCCACCAGCUUCCCUCAGGUCAUCACUACGGCGGCAUCCUUCAACGCUUCCCUAUGGGAAGCCAUAGGACAGGCUGUGUCGGACGAGGCCCGGGCGAUGUACAACGGUGGAAAGGCCGGGCUCACAUUUUGGAGCCCGAACGUCAACAUACUACGGGACCCAAGGUGGGGCCGUGGACAGGAGACCCCCGGUGAAGAUCCCAUGCUAGCCGGUCAAUAUGCCGCUAGCUACGUGAGGGGGCUACAGGGGAACGCCGGUGACCGGUUGAAGGUGGCGGCUUGCUGCAAGCACUUUACGGCUUAUGACCUCGACAACUGGAACGGCUUCGACCGCUUUCAUUUCAAUGCUCUGGUGAGCAAGCAGGACAUCGUGGACACAUUCGACGUGCCGUUCAGGAUGUGCGUGAUGGAAGGCAAAGUCGCAAGCGUUAUGUGCUCCUACAACCAAGUGAAUGGAGUCCCGACCUGUGCUGACCCAAAUCUCCUUAGGAAAACUGUGCGUGGUGCAUGGCGACUUGAUGGGUAUAUCGUCUCGGACUGUGACUCAGUCGGGGUCUUUUACGGCACACAACAUUUCACAUCAACUCCAGAGCAAGCAGCUGCAGAUGCAAUUAAAGCAGGCUUGGACUUGGACUGUGGGCCAUUCCUCGGUUUGCAUUCCGAAAAAGCCGUAAGUGCAGGCCUACUGAAGGAGGCUGACAUCAACGGUGCUCUGGUGAACACAUUGACGGUGCAAAUGAGGCUUGGUAUGUUCGACGGUGAGCCGUCGACCCAGCCUUACGGGCAUCUUGGCCCGAAAGAUGUGUGCACACCGGCCCACCAAGAGCUGGCACUAGAAGCAGCCCGACAAGGCAUAGUCCUCCUGAAAAAUGAAGGGCCAAUCCUCCCCCUUUUAGCCCACCACCACCGCACUAUGGCCGUCAUCGGGCCCAAUUCCGACGCAACGGUCACCAUGAUCGGAAAUUAUGCCGGUGUGGCAUGCGGGUACACUACUCCCCUCCAAGGAAUCAGAAGAUACUCCCGGACAGUCCACCAGCGGGGCUGCGCUGAUGUGGCAUGCUCCGAUAAUCGCCUAUUUGGUGGGGCCAUCGAUGCGGCUGCCCAUGCUGAUGCAACGGUCCUCGUGAUGGGGCUGGACCAGUCGAUUGAGGCAGAGUUUCGGGACAGGGCAGGGCUUCUCCUCCCAGGCCGCCAGCAGGAGCUUGUCAGCAAGGUGGCUGCAGCCUCAAAGGGUCCUGUGGUACUGGUCCUGAUGUCGGGAGGGCCGGUUGACGUGUCCUUUGCAAAGGGCAACCCGAAAAUCAGUGCGAUCCUGUGGGCCGGGUACCCGGGUCAGGCUGGUGGUGCUGCUAUUGCUGAUAUCCUGUAUGGUGCUUCUAACCCAGGAGGGAAGCUGCCUAUGACAUGGUACCCGCAAGAGUACCUCACUAACUUGCCAAUGACAGACAUGGCAAUGCGGUCAAAUCCAUCAAAGGGCUACCCGGGAAGGACCUACCGGUUCUACGAAGGUCCUGUCGUGUACCCAUUUGGGCACGGAUUGACCUACACGAGCUUCACCCACACAAUUGCCAGCGCCCCCACCGUCUUUUCUGUCCCCCUGGACGGGCACCGGGCCUCAAACUCAUCUGUCUCAGGCAAGGCUAUUAAGGUGACCCACACAAGAUGCAGUAGGCUGUCUCUGGGAUUACAGAUAGAUGUCAAGAACACCGGGCUGAGGGACGGGACCCACACGGUCCUGGUAUUCUCCAGGCCGCCGGGCGGACAGUGGGCCCCGCGCAGGCAGCUAGUGGCUUUCGAGAGGGUCCAUGUCCCUGCUGGGGGCCUGCAGCGGGUUGGGGUUAACAUUCACGUCUGCAAGUACCUUAGUGUGGUGGACCGUUCGGGGAUCAGAAGGAUCCCAAUGGGCGAGCACAACCUCCAUAUUGGUGACAUCAGUCACUCCGUGUCUCUUCAAGCGGCGAUCCUUGGGGUGAUCAAAUCUUGAACAUUCUUCUUUGAUCGAUUGAAGCCGUGGCAUUGAAUCUCUGGUAAUUACUUGGGAGUUUGUUCCUGCAUUAUUUCCGGGCUUCGCAAGCUGUAUAGGAUUAUUGUUUGUUGAUGGGUCCCGAAAGAGAAAAAAGAAAUAGUUCUUCCUUGAAAGUGUAAGAAUUAGAAGCUCUGUAAGACAGAACAUCUACAUUGAUCAUUUGAUGAGGGGGAAGAUUAAAUCUCAAUCUCCUCCUUCUUUCCUUUCCCAUAUCUUGUUUUACCAACUUGGGCUUUGCGCCAGGAAUAGAAAUGCCAAGUUUGCAAUUGCAAACUUAGAUUUUUUU